AUGAAACUCUCAUCCUUCACCAGCGCCCUCCUAGCGCUGUCCCCCGUCCUCGCCUUCCCCGCUUCACUCAACUCCCUCACCAAAAAGGCAGACUCGACCAAGGUCGGCUACCUUGCCGUCUACUGGACAACCGAGGACGAAAGCGUCUACUUCUCGCUCAGCUCCAACGACGACCCGUUGAACUUCCAACGUCUUAACGGUGGCAACGCCAUCGUCUCUCCCACCCUCGGAACCAAGGCGAUCCGGGACACGUCGAUUAUCGAAGGGAAGGGUGACGAUGAGGGCAAGUAUUAUAUCAUCGGGACGGACUUGGAUAUUGAUACCACGAACUGGGACGCCGCGACGCGAAACGGGUCACGGGGGAUCUUCGUCUGGGAGAGUACAGACCUGGUAACCUGGACGAACGAGCGCCUCGUAACAGUCGAGGACGAGACGGCCGGAAUGGUCUGGGCCCCCGAUGCGAUCUGGGAUGAGGAGAAGGGGCAGUACUUUGUGCACUGGGCUUCGCAGUUGUACGCCGAAGACGACACAGCGCACGCCGGCGACCCCGUCCUAAUCAACAGCCUGCGCUACGCAUACACCAGCGACUUCAAUACCUUCUCCGAGCCACAAACAUACAUUACCCUCGAAACAACGACAGCAAUCGACCUCAGCUUCAUCCAAGUGGACUCGUCCACGUUCGUCCGGUACUACGUCGACGGCGCGACGACAUCCCCAGUCCAGGAUAUUAGCACGACGGGUCUGCUCGGCGAAUGGACGGCGGUGACGGGUUCGAUUGAGGAUAGCGCUAGCUUCGAGGCGCCGUACCCGGUUUGGGAUAAUGUGCAGGAGGGCAAGGCGUAUUUGUUCUGUGAUCGGGUCGGUGGAAACCCUGGUGUGUUUGCGUGGGAGACGACGGAUGUAGAGUCGGGGAACUGGGCGAAGAGUGAUGCGUAUGAUUUGACGUGGAUGAGGCAUUUGUCUGUGCUUGUGGUUACGCAGGAGCAGUAUGAUGCGUUGGCGGCGUUGUAAAGGAA